UUUGUACUGUUUUGGCGGCCAAACGGUUUCUUUUACUACGGCGGGCAAUAGCAGGUUUCAGCAUGGUUGCAAAAUCCGUCCCGAAACCGAAGACGCAUAAACCAGCCUCAAAGAAAAAGCAGGUUCUGAAGUUCAGUAUAUGCAUUUCUCCCGGAGUUAUUGAUGAAGAUAUAGUUAGCCCUAGUUUACUUGAAAAAUAUUUAAAGGAACACAUAAAAGUAGACAAUAAGCUUAAUAAUCUUGGGAAAGAUGUUCACAUUGAACGUGACAAAUCAACCAUACAUGUCACCGCAAACAUCCCUUUCUCGAAAAGGUAUCUUAAAUAUCUGACAAAGAAAUUCCUCAAACGUCACAAAUUGCGAGAUUUCCUUCGCGUGGUAGCGAAAUCAAAGGAUUCUUAUGAAUUUCGGUUCUUUAACUUCGAAAAUGAAGAUACAGACGAUGAAGAGGAGAACUAAUCGUUGUAUGUAAUAAAUGUAUAAGUGCCGGAACACAACUGUCAUUUUUCUUAACAUUGGUAAACAGCUUACAUGUUCCC